AUGAAUGGAGAAGUUGUUGAGUCUCAUACCAAGGACGCAAAGAAACAACUCGCAACAAUGGAAACGGUGACUCCUUUCCCGGGAAAUGGAGGUGGUGGGAAUGACUGGUGGCGGAUGGAAGUGUCGAUUAACUGCUACGGGAUGCAGAAAAUUCCAAAGACUGGGUCGGCAUAUGAACUUCUGCAAGUUGUUGAGAAGAUUGCUUGA